GUGGCUUAUUUGAUUGAAUAGAAGUUUCGUAAUUAUUAGGCUGUUACGAGUGUACUGAUAUAAGUAGAACAAGUGACAUCCCGGGAAAUUCGAGGAAAAACACUAUAUCGCCGUUGUGCCUGGUCGUUACUAGUUACCCCAGUCAGAAAGUCAUAAACCCCGCCUAUUUCUACAAUGUAUCUUCUUAAAAUGUUAUUUAAAAAUAACUUGGACCACACUGCUAACCUUAUGCUUAAACUUAAAUGUAAUCUCAUUUUUGUUUUCAUACAUUUUUUACGACACAGCCAAUUCUGACUUGGUGGUUGUGGUAACCGUUGUGCUUUUUGUUCACACGCGUAUCUGCCCUGUCAUUGGCUAGAAUGGUCCCACCUGAUCUUGCCUCGUCCCGUUUGCCUUCAUUUUUGAAGAUUUAAUGUCAUUGUUAGAGCGUCCACUAUGUUAACUGUGUUUUAAUGAAAAUCAUGCAUGGGGUUUGAAGCAAAUUCACAUUUUACUAAACUAACUACAUUAUAUUUAGCCAGAAUAUGACAUAUUGUGGGCUUUCACAUGAUUGUCUACGAAAUGGGUCAAACUUCAAACGGUGUCAUGGAUGAUCUUGAGUCAGAACUGAGGGAGCUAGGAGAACUGGGCGAAAAUGACUCUUCAGAUGAUGAAUCAACCAACAGAAAACGAAUCAAGCAGCCAAACCUCCACCGGAGUCAACUAUAUUUAAAGGCACAUUAUAAAAUACACUUUGUUGACGAAUAUGUGAUCCGCUAAUUUAUUAUCUUGACAAUGUGCUGCUACCGGUGGCUGUUUGCUUGCUCUGGACCUAUCGCGCCACGAGAACGCACGACUAUAUGCCUGAUUAUCGUGUUCAUCAUUGUGUAAGAUCUCUUAGACCUAGUAACCAGUCUGUCUCCUGUAUGAUCACAGAGACACACCGUGAGACUGGUUUUCACAAGACCACAAUGAACUGCCUCCAGCACAUCAAGGAGACUGCUGAGUACAUGUCCAGUUACUCACGAACACUGGAGGACAUGCCACAACUCUACGCUGAGAUCAUUUGAAGGACAAGCACAGAUACACUACCGUCCCAUCUUGAAGCUGGAAGACCACAACAGUUUCUAUGCGCUACUAGAGAUCUAUGCGGGAGUGAAACAUUACCUGAAGGUAUGUUUCUUCCUUCCUUCACCUCUGCAGUCAGUUAAAAAAAAACAUCACCUUUCCCCAAAGGAUCCUAAGUCAAUACAUAUAUUUUUUUUUAAGUCGGCAGGGUAGCCUAGUGCGUUGGACAAGUAACCGAAAGGUUGCAAGUUCGAAUCCCCGAGCUGACAAGGUACAAAUCUGAACAGGCAGUUAAACCCACUGUUCCUAGGCCGUCAUUGAAAAUAAGAAUUUGUUCUUAACGGACUUGCCUAGUAAAAUAAAGGUUAAAAAAUAUAUAUAUAUAGGCCAAUAGGUUAAAAAAGUCAAUACUUUUAUUAUGUUUUGAGCCAGUAUGACACCUUCAAAAACAAACAAAUGGAUGGAAUAUGUAACAAUGUGUUUAACAUGGAAAUGUACAGUACCAGUCAAAAGUGUGGACUCAUCUACUCAAGUGUUUUUCUUUAUUUGUUUUACUAUUUUCUAUAUUGUAGAAUAAUAGUAAAGGCAUCAAAACUAUGAAAUAACACAUUGACGCAUGUAGAGACCAAAAAAGUAGUAAACGCAUCAAAAUAUAUUUUAUAUUUGAGAUUCUUCAAUGUAGCCAACCCUUUCCUUUGAUAGUUUUGAACACUCUUGACAUUCUCUCAACCAGCUUCACCUGGAAUGCUUUUCCAACCGUCUUGAAGGAGUUCCCACAUAUGCUGAGCACUUGUUGGCUACUUUUCCUUCACUCUGCAGUCCAACUCAUCCCAAACCAUCCCAAUUGGGUUGAGGUCGGGUGAUUGUGGAGGUCGGGUCAUCUGAUGCAGCACUCCUUCACUCUCCUUCUUGGUCAAAUAGCCCUUACACAGCCUGGAGGUGUGUUGGGUCAUUUGUCCUGUUGAAAAACAAAUGAUAGUCCGACUAAGCGCAAACCAGAUGGGAUGGCGUAUUGCUGGUUAACUGCCUUGAAUUCUAAAUAAAUCAGUGUCACCAGCAAGCACUCUCACACCAUCACACCUCCUCCAUCAUGCUUCACGGUGGAAACCACACAUGCAGAGAUCAUCCGUUAACCUACUCUGCGUCUCACAAAGACAUGGCGGUUGGAACCAAAAAUGUCUCAUUUGGACUCAUCAGGCCAACGAAUAGAUUUCCACCGGUCUAAUGUCGUGUUUCUUGGCCCAAUCAAGUCUCCUUCUUAUUGGUGUCCUUUUAGUAGUGGUUUCUUUGCAGCAAUUCGACAAUGAUGGCCUGAUUCACGCAGUCUCCUCUGAACAGUUGAUGUUGAGAUGUCUGUUACUUGAGGUAGCUCUGGGUCUUCUUUUCCUGUGGCGUUCCUCAUGAGAGCCAGUUUCAUCAUAGCACUGUCGAAGAUCUUAAUUUUCUGAAUUGACUGACCUUCCUGUCUUAAAGUAAUGAUGGACUGUCAUUUCUCUUGGCUUAUUUGAGCUGUUCUUGCCAUAAUAAUGGACUUAGCCUAUUUGGUGAAAGACCAUCUUCUGUAUACCACCUCUACCAUGUCACAAUACAACUGAUUGGCUCAAACGCAUUAAGAAGGAAAUUCCACAAAUUAAUUUAAAAAUAUAAAAUAUUUUGAUUUAACACUUUUUGGGGUGUUACUACAUGAAUCCAUAUGUGUUAUUUCAUAAUUUUGACAUCUUCACUAUUAUUCUACAAUGUAGAAAAUAGUACAAAUAAAAACAAUUGAAUGAGUAGGUGUGUCCAAACCUUUGACUGGUACUGUAUGUGAAUGUACAUUGAGGAAGUGUUUUGUCUAGUAAAUCUGUCUGGAGCACUCGUUUCACCUCCUGGUGAACGGGCAGUUUGAGGACGUCCAUCGCUGAGAGCUGGAGGUACGGCAAGCAGUCAGCCGAUCAGUACCAGCGGAUUAAGCUGAUCCAGUCCUACAGUGGCUUCCUGGAUUACUUAAUCUGGUGUGGGGGGAGAAAAAAAGUCCACCGUCUGCAGCACUGGUAAGACGACACCUGGCUACCCCCAAACAUCCAUUAUUCAUUGGUUUCAAUUGCACUGAUAGUAAAAAAUCUUCAUAUUGUGUUAGACUGCUGCGCCACUCGGGAGACCUAAGGCACUGCAUCUCAGUGCUAGAGGCAUCACUACAGACCCUGUUUCGAUCCCGGGCUGUAUCACAACCGGCCGCGAUCGAGAGUCCCGAGUCCCGUAGGGCGGUGCACAAUUGGCCCAGCGUCGUCCGGGUUAGGGGAGGGUUUGGCCGGGGUAGGCCGUUAUUGUGAAAUAAGAAUUUGUUAUUACUGACUUGCCUAGUUUAAAAAAAGAAAAAAAAAGAGUAAACAUUACCAUCUACUGGACAGAUAAUGUAACUGCCUUUUGGGACAUAAUUCCAAUGCAUUUCAAACAUCGUGGUAAAACAAAGAGUAACCAGAAACUGUGGUGCCUCAGCUUAACAUGUACUUUGACAUAAUUAUUUCAGAUGAGUAUGAUGGUGUCAAUCAAGAGAUGCACACCUACUUCUGCCAAUCCUCUGUGAACCGGAAGGAUAUCAUUAAACUUCCUGGGGUCUGGGAUCCUUUUGUUCUGAGUUACAUUAAUGUAAGUGCUAGUUUGUGUUUGGUAGGCAUUGAACAGGAGGAAACAUUUCAACAGAAUGGGAAAUGGUACUACUUGAACUUUACACUUAUUUUCAUUUUGUGUUUCAAAGUGGUUUACUACGAUUUGCCCUACUGAACACGACCCCUGGCAUUCCCUUUUCCCUUUAUUGAACUACGUUCCCUUAUCACACUAUCUAUGAUGAGAUAAUGUUUUGAGUUGUAUGUGUCAAUGGUAGAUGCUGGAAUUUUACAACGAUCACGAGGGAGCUGUGAAGGUUCUGAAUGACUAUGCCUAUGACAACAGUUUGCCUCCCCAAUGCCCAUGUCUACCUCUACCGGUACAUGAAGAAAUGCAACCACCCAUCAAAUAAACUGCUCAGUGCUCAAGGUAGGACUGAGGCCAUUGUUUGUGUUCUUGACAAAGUUAUCUAGAAGAAAUGUUGAGCACUGGCCUCUGCUUGUUUUAAACAUUAUUUUGUAUUAAAUGAAAAUCGUUUAUUUAUUUUUUUCUGAAGUAUGUCCUUUCCUUUUGUAUUGUAGGAAAGGCACCAAAGAGGGUGUGAUGGGAAUAGCCUUAGAUCCUGCAUACAUUGGUCCCAAGUCACGAGUUAAUGCUGGAAUACAGUUCUCUUCUGCUACAGUCCGAGAGAGUGAUCUUCAGAAGGCUCUAGGUGUUGUUCUGGAUCUCCUGGACUUAUCCAGUUGGAGGAGAAACUUGGAUGUCUGGAACCAUUUGAUGACCAUCGUGAAGAGGCUGAGGCCCAGAAAACAAUGGCUGAAGAUUGUUGCAGAGGAGUUGGUGAACAGAAUGGACUGGUGGCUAGCAAUGCACUUCACAACAUUCCAGGCCAGGAGAGACUUGGCAGUGAAUGGGGUGCUACUGGAAGUGAAGUGCUUUGUGCUUGGAGCCUUUUGUCCUCGCUAUGCCUUCAUGUACUGUGUUGUAGGUAAGGACACCCAAAAAGAAGUUACUUCCGAGGCUCAGAAGACUAAAAGGUCAGAGAAGGAUAAGGAAUCCAAGACGGCUAAGGCUCAGAAGAGAAUGCGGAAAGCAAAGCUGACUUUGAGAAAGCAUCUCGGAAUGCUGCUGGGCGCAUCGGCGAGAACCGAAACGUUUCAAAAAUACGUGAAAACCUUCUACCAUUACCUGAUCAUGGCAAACAACCUCCUCAUGCGGUCAUUGGGUCAUACUCUCUCCCCUUCCAUGACAGCUGCUCCAACUACACCCCCUCACUGCAGGCCUCACUCUCCUUGCAUUGCUUCACUUCUCAAGUUCUACGAUUGUCCACCAGGGAGGGCUCACACGAUGGCUAAGUUUUGAGUCGUUCUGAAUGCUGCUGAGCCUGUAACUGAGAGCUGUGUUCACUGUGGUAGUUCGUAGGGGGAAAAGGAGGCUGGGUAUGCUGCAGUAUUAAGUCUAGGACACGGUACACAGCUCUCCCAACGGGUAGAUCGCAGCCAACAUGUAUGAGUAGCUCACCAAGCAAUUCUGAAUGUACAUGCAUGUUUUUCAUGUGUUCCCAUCGCAAACUUUCAUAAACAAGCUCCUGGCUACUAUUCAACCAAAACCACAUUGACAUUAUCCUACCCCUGGUUAGCCACUAUUGGCUUAAAAAGCCCAAAUUAACACUAAAUCUGCCAAUUUAUUUCUGGCAAUAUCCAUUUGCCUCAGUCUGUCUGCUUGGUACGUGCAAUUGUCUAUCACUCAGUAUGCUGCCAGUUAGCCGUGCGAGUAAUGAUAACCAUCUUGUGGGUAGACAGACUUUCUGCAAAAACUCAAUUAAAUGGUAACUGCAAAGCAGGCUUGCCUGACAGAAAGAUAUGAUUAUUUUUAUCAAUUGGGUGGCCAUCCUUUUGCAAACGCUGCCAUAACGUGCUGCAGCCGUAGGCCUAACAAACAUCUACACUGACACAUUCCCCACUUUCUGAAUGCGCAAUUAAAGGGGAGUUGCACAUGAAAAUUGAAAUUUAUUUUUUAUUUUUCAGACUUCAAUUGCUCUUCUUUAAAUUCUGAAAUUUCCUUCCCCAAUUACAUUUUCUGUCAAGAUAGCAACUCCACCCCCUUCAGCAGUUCUAUCUACUGUAGAGAGAGCCUGCAAAGUUCUGUCAUACUAUCCAGGUCUGUGCCCAAACAGUUCGAGCUUCUACUUUUAAAAAUCCAUCUUGCCAGAAAUGAGUCCCUCACUUCUGCUGCUUGUUAUAGACCCCUCCUCAGCUCCUAGCUGUGCCCUGGACACCAUAUGUGAAUUGAUUGCCCCCAUUUAUCGUCAGAGUUCGUACUGUUAGGUGACCUAAACUGGGAUAUGCUUAACACCCCGGCCGUCCUACAAUCUAAGUUAGAUGCCCUCAAUCUCACACACAUGAUCAAGGAACCUACCAGGUACAACCCAAAAUCCGUAAACAUUGGCACCCUCAUAGAUAUCAUUCUGACCAACUUGCCCUCUAAAUACACCUUUGCUGUUUUCAACCAGGAUCUCAUUGUCUGCGUCCGUUCUGGGUCAAACGACCACCUCUCAUCACUGUCAAACGCUCCCUAAAACACUUCUGCGAGCAGGCCUUUCUAAUCGACCAGAUCUGGGUAUCCUGGAAGGAUAUUGACCUCAUCCCGUCAGUAGAGGAUGCCAGGUUGUUCUUUAAAAGUGCUUUCCUCACUAUCUUAAAUAAUCAUGCCCAUUUCAGAAAGGCUAGCUUUUUCAAACAGAGAUCUGUAUCCUGCAGCACUAAUUCCAAAAACUUUUGGGACACUGUAAAGUCCAUGAAAAAUAAGAGCACCUGCUCCUAGCUGCCCACUGCACUGAGGCUAGGAAACACUGUCACCACCGAUAAAUCCAAGAUCAUUGAGAAUUUCAAUAAGCAUUUCUCUAUGGCUGGCCAUGCUUCCGCCUGGCUACUCCGGCCAACAGCUCUGCACUCCCUGCAGCAACUGGCCCAAGCCCCCCCUGCUUCUCCUUCACCCAAAUCCAGACAGCUGAUGUUCUGAUAGAGCUGCGAAAUCAGGAUCCCUACAAAUCAGCUGGGCUAGACAAUCUGGACUCUCUCUUCCUAAAAUGAUCCGCCUCCAUCGUUGCAACCCCUGUUAUUAGUCUGUUCAACCUUUUAUUUCGUAUCAUCUGAGAAUCCUAAAGAUUGGAAAGUGGCCGCGGUCAUCCCCUUCUUCAAAGGGAGAGACACUCUAGACCCAAACUGUUACAGACCUAUAUCCAUCCUGCCCUGCCUUUCUAAAGUCUUCGAAAGCUAAGUGUACUAACAGAUCACCAACCAUUUCGAAUCCCACCGUACCUUCUCCACUAUGCAAUCCGGUUUCUGAGCUGGUCACGGGUCCAUCUCAGCCACGCUCAAGGUCCUAAACGAUAUCAUAACCGCCAUCGAUAAAAUACAGUACUGUGCAGCCAUCUUCAUCGAUCUGGCCGAGACUUUCGACUCUGUCAAUCACCGCAUUCUUAUCGGCAGACUCAAGAGCCUUUGCUUAUCAAAUGACUGCCUCGCCUGGUUCACCCACCACUUCUCAGAGUUCAGUGUGUCAAAUCGGAGGGCCUGUUGUCCGGACCUCUGGCAGUCUCUAUGGGGGUGCCACAGGGUUCAAUUCCCGGGCCGACUCUUUUCUCUAUAUAUCAAUGAUGUCGCUCUUGCUGCGGAUGCUAAUUUGAUCCACCUCUAUGUAGACGACAUCAUUCUGUAUACAUCUGGCCCUUCUUUGGACACUGUCAAACUCCCAAACGUGCUUCAAUGCCAUACAACACUCCUUCGGUGGCCUCCAACUGCUCUUAAAUGCAAGUAAAACUAAAUGCAUGCUCUUCGCCUGCCCGCCCGACUAGCAUCCCUACUCUGGACAGUUCUGACUUAGAAUAUGUGGACAACUAUGAAUACCUAGGUGUCUGGUUAGACUGUAAACUCUCCUUCCAGACUCAUAUUAAGCAUCUCCAAUCCAAAAUUAAAUCUAGAAGUGGCUUCCUAUUUCGCAACAAAGCCUCCUUCACUCAUGCUGCCAAACACCCCCGUAAAACUGACUAUCCUACCGAUCCUUGACUUUGGCAAUGUCAUUUACAAAAUAGCCUCCAACACUCUACUCAGCAAACUGGAUGUAGUCUAUCACAGUGCCAUCCGUUUUGUCACCAAAGCCCCAUAUACUACCCACCACUGCGACCUGUAGGCUCUCGUUGGCUGGGCCUCGCUACAUACUCGUCGCAAACCCGCUGGCUCCAGGUCAUCUAUAAGUCUUUUCUUGGUAAAGCCCCGCCUUCUCAGCUCACUGGUCACCAUAGCAACACCCACCUGUAGCAAGUGCUCCAGCAGGUAUAUUUCACUGGUCAUCCCCAAAGUGAACACCUCCUUUGGCCGCCUUUCCUUCCAGUUCUCUGCUGCCAAUGACUGGAAUGAAUUGCAAAAAUCACUGAAGUUGGAGACUUAUCUCCCUCUCUAACUUUAAGCAUCAGCUGUCAGAGCAACUUACCGAUCACUGUACCUAUACACAGCCAAUUUGUAAAUAGCCCACCCAACUACUUCGUCCCCAUACUGUACACAGCCCAUCUGUAAAUGGCCAACCAACUACCUACCUCAUCCCAUGUUUUUGUUUUUCUGGUCUUUUGCACACCAGUAUUUCUACUUGCACAUCCUCAUCUGCACAUCUAUAACUCCAGUGUUAAUUGGUAAAUUGUAAUUACUUUUCCACUAUGGCCUAUUUAUUGCCUUACCUCCUUACUUCAUUUGCACACACUGUAUACAGAUUUUUUUUAUUUUAUUGACACUACGUUUGUUUAUCCCACGUGUAACUCUGUUUUUGUUGCACUGUUUUUUAUCUUGGCUAGGUCGCAGUUGUAAAUGAGAACUUGUUCUCAACUGGCCUACCUGGUUAAAUAAAGGUGAAAUAAAAAAAAUGUAAAAGCA